GGAGGGCGCUAAACGUCAUUCUCUAACCUAGUAGUUUGAAGAAGCGUGUUUUUUCCCUCUAUUUACAUCAAUUUCUACAAAUAUUUGCAAACAAAUGCAAAUUUGUUUUAUUUGAUGCUCUUUUCGAUUAAUGCACAAUUUAUUCGAGUGCAUAUUGCAAAUAGAUGUAAUUAUUAGAUACGAUGGCUGAAACCAAUGCUAAAAGAGAAGCGAGGAGACGACGAAUUUUGGAAAACUCGGAAAAUCGUUUGCGUAAAAUUACAGCGAAGCAUAAUGCAGAUGAAAUUAAGGAUGAUAAUCCACGAAUGGAAAGCAACAGUCUUAAAGCAGAAAUAGAUUUGGAAGAAUAUAAUCAGAAUCAGACUAUAAUCAGAAAUGGUACAUGUAAUAUAGGUAAAGAGGCAGAAUUGCAAGAUUCUACAAGAUUUAAUGACAAUGAACAUGAAAACUUUUUGAAUGACACUAGUGAUAAAAGUACAUGUUUACCGGAACCAAGCCAAACCAAAUCCAAGCCAAAAUUUAUGUUACAUAGAUUAUUAUUCAAUCGUAUCAAUUUCAUCUUGUUAGCUGGGAUUGUCAACAUCUUAGUAAUGUUCAAAUUAGAUAAUUUAUUUGGGCAGGCAAUCAUUAUACCUUAUUUGUUAAUGAUGUUGGGACGUCUGGUCAAUUAUAAGAAUUUACUUGAAACGCAAGACAACAAUUUACUAUUUACUGCUUUGAUAUUGUGUAAUAUUAAACCAAAAUUAAUUUAUAAAUUUAAAAUGUCAUUUGCAAUAUUUAUUAUAAUACUUAAUGAUUUUGGAUUGUAUAUGUUCAGUUUUGUAUUAAUGCGCUAUAUUAUUACCUGUUACUAUCAUCAUAAUACUAACAAUAUAUCAAUAAGUGUGUAAUUUAUGAUAUCUAAAUGAGAGUAAAAAUGAAAAAAAUUUCUGAAAAUACUUUAUAUAUUGUAU